UACGAAUCGAACCGCGCCAAUGGCAUAUUCCGUAAUAAUUAAUUAAUCCUCCAAUCAAAAACGAAAACAAAGCAGAGAGUCUCAUCGAGAGAGACAUUGACCAAUCGCAGCAAUGAAGGAAGACAUGGAGAAGAUGGUGGCGGUAGGGCUCGUAUGGGGAGCCACUAAUGCACUGAUCCGCCGCGGCGCUCUCGCCUGGGAUAAUAGAAAGUCUUCAACAACAGAGUCUUCUUCUUCUUCUUCUUCUUCUUCUUCUUCUUCUUCUUCUUCUCCUACUCUUCAGAUCCGCCGCAAAAUCAUGAUCGCGAUCCGUGACUGGAUCAAUCUCCUCCUCUUCUGGCAAUACUCAGUUCCUUUCCUCGUCAACCUCUCCGCCUCCGCUACGUUCUUCGCCCUACUCAGCCACGCUCCUAUCUCUCUAGCUGUUCCGGUCACCAACGCAACGACUUUUGCCGCAACCGCCGCUUUUGGGAUUCUUUUAGGGGAAGAAACUCAAAUCGGACCUGCUUUGUUAGGUACCAGCUUCAUUGUUUUUGGAAUUUGGCUAUGUCUUGUCUGAAUUUGGAGAUUUUUGUAAACCGUGCGACUCUUGUUUCCGCGACAUAUCUGUUUUUGUUUGCCUGAGGAAUUGGUUCAUUCUUUGUUCUAGCAGUAGACGAUACUUGUGACUGGCUGUGAUUGAAGAUUUCAUUAUAAUAGGCAAAAGAAAGUAAUAAUA